AUGCAGGACGUGACGGCGGAGGUUUCCUCGCCCUCCGGCGCCGUGCGGCCCGCCGAGCUGGUCGCCGCCGGCAACGACGCCUACUGCGUGCGGUUCGUUCCCACGGAGACGGGCACGCACAGCGUCAGCGUGCGCUACAGGGGCGUGCACGUGCCGGGCAGCCCCUUCCAGUUCACCGUGGGGCCCCUGGGGGAGGGCGGCGCCGCCAAAGUGAGGGCCGGCGGCCCGGGGCUGGAGGGAGCCCUCGCCGGAGAGCCAGGUGUCAUCGGACUAAAGAGGAACGAUGACAAAGAGGUUCUCCCCCAGGUGGGACAUCCCAUACAGGAAGAGGAUAAUGGGCUGCCGGUGCACAUUAAGGGGGGGACCCCCGACGUCCUGCUGUAUCGGGCCACCAUGACGCUGACCAUCACAGGAACCUGCUACUCGCUGUACUGGCUGCUGGUGGCCGCCAUGCCCCAGAGGAAGGCCCAGUAA